AUGCCCUUUGGUCAAAUCGUUAUAGGACCACCAGGAUCUGGAAAAUCGACCUACUCCCAUGGCUGCGUGCAGUUUUUCAAUGCCAUUGGACGCCAUGCGCAAGUGGUGAAUAUGGACCCUGCAAACGAUAGCUUACCUUACCCCUGUGCUGUAGACAUCCGCGACUUUAUCACACUAGAGGAAAUUAUGGACGAGCAGCAACUGGGACCCAAUGGUGGUCUAAUGUACGCCCUGGAGUCGGUGGAAAGAUCCGUGGACUUGUUCAUGCUCCAGAUCAAAUCAUUGGUGCAGGACGAAAGUGCAUAUGUUGUCUUCGACUGUCCCGGUCAAGUUGAGCUGUUCACACAUCAUUCAGCGCUUUUCCGCAUCUUCAAACGCCUUGAGCGCGAGCUAGACCUGCGCCUAUGCGUCGUCAACUUGAUAGACUCUGUCUACGUGACCUCGCCCUCGCAAUACGUAUCGAUUCUGCUGCUGGCGCUGCGAGCUAUGCUGAUGUUAGACCUGCCGCACAUCAACGUGCUAUCCAAGAUUGACAUGAUCAAGUCUUAUGGUCCGCUACCGAUGCGGCUUGAUUACUACACUGAAGCACAAGAAUUGGAAUAUCUACAACCUCACGUGGAGCAAGAGAGUUCUAGUGUUCUGGGAAAGAAAUAUGCCUGUCUCACUCAGACAAUCGGAGAGCUAGUUUCUGACUUCAAUCUGGUAUCUUUCGAGGUUUUGUGCGUCGAUGACAAGAAAAGUAUGAUCGCCCUGCAAAGUGUAAUUGACAAAGCAAACGGCUACAUUUUUGGUGCUUCCGAAGUUGGCGGUGACACUGUUUGGGCAGAGGCAUCUCGUCAAGGAACCGCACUGGUAGCGGAAGACGUUCAAGAACGCUGGAUCGACAAUAAAGAGUUAUAUGACAAGCAAGAACAAUUACAACGUGAAAAACAAUUGAACGAGCAAAAACUCAACGAAAAGGAAUUGAACGUUGAUGAAGACACCGAAUGGGAGAACGCGCUGAAGGAGUGGGAAGGCGAGCACGGUGCAAAAUACGCGAAAUGA